UGAUGUGAGACACUGCGAAGGAAAAAAUAAUAAAAACCAGCUGUAGCUUUGUAUAUUUAUUAUUUUUAAUUUAUCUUUAACUUUAAAAGCGAAAUGUGAAUUGCGAAUUUUCCUCGUCUUUCCUUCUUUUGGUUUAUGAAAUGUGUCAACGCAAAACAAAGUGAAAUUAUGAUGCAUCAUUGUACUGGUUGGGUCAUAAAAGUUCAAUUUCUUUAUACAGUUCAAGUGUAGUCUGCUGGUUUUAUUUACAUGGGAAAUUCAAACUGUAAACCAAAUGCUUUAAAUGUGUAUAAAAGUAAUGAAAAUAUAGAAGUGACGAAAGCUACACAGAAGCGUCAAUUUUCGGUCACAGUCGACUCUGAGAACCAGCUGCCCAAAUUACAACCAAGAUAUAUCGCCGUGAAAAAUGAACGAAGAAAAACAGUAUGGCCCUUUACCCAAUUGAUACAAAUAUUUAUGCCCGAUUUCCGAUACAAUUCAAGUACCUUAGAUAACAACUUCACAGUGUUUGGUGAGAUCGGUUCUGGAUCAUUCGGACGAGUUUACAAGGUGCAGGAAUUAAAAACAAAUUCUAUUUUUGCACUGAAAGUCUUGCCAAAGUCGCAGGUUAUACAAGACGAAGCGGUUCACCAGGUAAAAAACGAAGUACGCAUUCAAAGUAUUUGCGGUCAUCACACCUUCAUUAUCAACUCGCCUUAUCAUUGGCAAAGUCGGUCCCAUUUAUAUAUAGUAACUGACUUUGCAGAACGGGGAGAAUUGUUCAAGUUGUUAGAAGCCUACUCAAUUUUACCCACUCCUGUUACGAAACUGUACAUAGCAGAAAUUGCACUAGCAUUAGAUUUUCUUCACAAUGCCGGCAUAAUUCAUCGCGAUUUGAAGCCCGAAAAUAUUCUUCUAGACAGUGAAGGACAUAUUCAAAUAACCGAUUUCGGACUAGCCAAAUGGGUAGCUUACGGUUGUACGACUAGAAGAGUAUGUGGCACAUUUGAAUAUAUGGCUCCAGAGAUGUUGGAUUUGGAAUCGUACGGGCAUUCGGUUGAUUGGUGGAGUUUAGGUGUCGUAGCAUGCGUAAUGUUAACUUCUAAGGUAAGUUUCAUAUGGGUUUUGUACGUCUAAUCGAUUAUAUUGCUG